UAACAUUACACUUCAACAUGGGUAAUUUCAUCCUCGUAGUAACUACUCUUCUCCUGUAUUCCGCCACAACCACGUCCCAAUCACUAAAUUUGAUCUCGGACAAGUUCCAAAACGACACCGAAUCACUCGAGCUAGCCUCAACCGACUAUGGCCACAUAUUCAACGAAACCCCAGAUGCAGUUUUCCAACCAACAUCACCAAACGACAUCAAAACCUUAAUACAAAUAGCAAACGACGACAAGUACUUCGGUACUACUAGUCCUCUUGCUAGUAUUGCUCCAAGAGGCCAAGGCCAUUCUGUGCGCGGACAGGCCAUGGCUAGGAGGGGUAUUGUGGUAAAUAUGACGUCGUUGGCGAGGCAUGGAAAUAAUAAUUAUAAUAUUGGGAUUAAGGUUGUGAAGGAAAAUUUUCAUUUGGGUCCUUAUGUUGAUGUUGGAGGUGAGCAGAUUUGGAUUGAUGUUUUGCGCGAUACCCUAAAGCAUAGCUUGUCCCCGGUCUCUUGGACUGAUUACUUGUACAUAACUGUUGGUGGCACGCUUUCCAAUGCUGGGAUUAGUGGGCAAACCUUCAGGUUUGGUCCUCAGAUCAGCAGUGUCCAUGAAAUGGAUGUUAUCACAGGAAAAGGCGAUCUUGUGACUUGCUCGAGAAACAAUGCAUCUGAGCUAUUUUAUGCAGUUCUUGGAGGCUUAGGCCAAUUUGGGAUUAUAACUAGAGCAAGAAUUGCCCUUGCUCCAGCGCCAACUAGGGUUAAGUGGGUUCGGCUGUUUUACAAUGACUUCUUGGCCUUUAAGAAAGACCAAGAAAAGUUGAUCUCAAAGAAUGGAAGAAAGGAAAAAAAUGGAGUGGAUUACCUAGAAGGUUUUCUUCUAAUGCGACAGGGUCCUUUAGACCUUUCCUUUUAUCCAACAGCUGACCAGUUGAGAAUAACUUCUCUUGUUACUCAAUCCGGCAUCGUCUACUCUAUAGAACUGGCCAAAUAUUAUGAUGAUAGCACCCAGAAUUCUGUGGACAAGGAUCUCCAAAUUCUGCUUGAUCAGUUAAGCUUUGUUCCUGGAUUUGGGUUUGUAAAAGAUGUAACAUAUGAAGAUUUUCUAAAUCGAGUGCAAAGUGAAGAAGAAAAGCUCCGCGAACUACAGCGUUGGGAAAUUCCUCAUCCAUGGCUAAACCUCUUUGUGCCAGAGUCACAAGUCUCAGAUUUUAAUUCUGGGGUUUUCAAGGGCAUCCUCCUUAACCAAAGCGUGCCCAUGGGAGUCUUUAUCAUUUACCCGAUGAACCGAAACAAAUGGGAUGUCAAAAUGUCCGCGGUGAUUCCAGAGGAAGAUGUUUUCUACACCAUUGGUCUUUUGCAUUCGAGUUCUUAUAGUGAAUGGGAGGCAAUUGAUGAAGUAAAUAAGCAAAUAUUGCAGUUUUGCCAUGACGCUGGUAUACAGGCUAAGCAGUAUCUUCCGCAUUAUGAAGCUCAACAGGAUUGGAUGGAUCAUUUUGGUGCAAAGUGGAAACAUUUUCAGCAGAUGAAAACUCAGUUUGACCCCAAGAAAAUACUUUCCCCGGGACAGAAAAUUUUCAGUAAUUUGUAGGGCGCAUAAUAUUUUUGAAGAAUAAGAAAAGGAAGAAAAAUUAUCCACCUAAUU